ACCAUCCUGUACUCUGUGGCUGAAGCGUCACAGUCUAGUGUGUGAGGAGUUUGACAUGCAACCCAUUUUGGAAGUUCACAGUUUGACUUGAAGUUUCUCUGACUGCAGCUCAUUUUUUCCACAUCGGAUCUCAUCUGGAUUUUUAGCUGUUUAGUUAUUUACCAAAACAUCUUCAAUUAAGAAGUAAGAAUAGGGGGAAAAAUACUCAAGUCACUAGAAGUACAAGAGGAAGUAAAAGCUGCAACUCUUCAGUCUUUGAAGGCGUGAGAACAAGAGAACAAGAAGCAUGACCAGUCGAAUCAAAGGAAUUAAAAUGCUUCUACUUGGGAUUCUGAUGCUUCUUCUCACAGCAGUUACUGGAGAAGACGUCCUCUCCUUCACAGUCAGAGUUGGAGAUGACGUGACUUUGCCUUGUGGACGUGUGACAGAAGAUCAGCCAAACUGUGACCAGAUUACUUGGCUUUUUAGUCAUUUUAUUGGGAAAGCAGCAGUAGAGCUGGUUACAAACGGGGAUUUAAGUAAAAAUGCUAAAGCUGAAGCUGAGAGACUAAAUGUCUCAGAGGAUUGUUCUCUGGUUAUAAAAAAUGUCACACGUCAGGAUGUUGGUCGUUACACCUGCAGACAGUUCAGAUCAGGAGAACAACAUGGUCCAGAUGCUAAAGUUUUUCUGUCUGUUAUUGACGUUGAGUCUCAUGGUCUCGUCUUCUUUAUCUGCUCUGUGUCGACAUAUUCUGAGUGUUGGCACUCAGUAGAGUGGCUGUAUAAAGGUCAUAUGAAAGACACAGAGACAACACAGCGCACCUGUUCAGCCUACGUGUUAUUACCAUCUCCUCUUCCUGAUCAGAAGUCAAACCUUGAUGAGUCCCUGUAUUGUAAGGUGACAGAUGUUAGGAGUGGACAAACACUGAGACUUAAUGUCACACAUCAGUCCUCACAUGAGGAAACAGGAAAAGGAGGCACAUCAUCAGAGGGAAAGGAAAGAACAAAAGAGGAACCUCCUACAAAUCCAGCAGUUACUGGAGAAGACGUCCCCUCCUUCACAGUCAGAGUUGGAGAUGACGUGACUUUGCCUUGUGGACGUGUGACAGAAGAUCAGCCAAACUGUGACCAGAUUACUUGGCUUUUCAGUCGAGAUAUUGGGAAAGCAGCAGUAGAGCUGGUUACAAACGGGGAUUUAAGUAAAAAUGCUAAAGCUAAAGCUGAGAGACUAAAUGUCUCAGAGGAUUGUUCUCUGGUUAUAAAAAAUGUCACACCUCAGGAUGUUGGUCUUUACACCUGCAGACAGUUCAGAUCAGGAGAACAACAUGGUCCAGAUGCUAAAGUUUCUCUGUCUGUUAUUGACGUGGAGUCUCAUGGUCCGUCUUCUUUAUCUGCUCUGUGUUGACAUAUUCUGGAUGUUGGCACUCAGUAGAGUGGCUGUAUAAAGGUCAUAUGAAAGACACAGAGACAACACAGCACACCUGUUCAGCCGACGUGUCAUUACCAUCUCCUCUUCCUGAUCAGAAGUCAAACCUUGAUGAGUCCCUGUAUUGUAAUGUGACAGAUGUUAGGAGUGGACAAACACUGAGACUUAAUGUCAGACAUCAGUCCUCACAUGAGGAAACAGUGUGGUGGCCGUUUGCUGGUUUAGCAGCAGUCUUAAUACUCUUAGUCAUCAUCGCAGCAUUCAUCAGACGGAAGAAAUCCAAAGGGAGCCGAACACAGAGGGAUGAAAACAUCGAGGAUCCUGAAGAAGGUGUCGCUUACGCCUCCGUCAUCUUCACCAAGAAUUGUAACAGCAAAGUCAAGGCUGAUGAUGACGAUGAAGGUGAAGCUGUAACGUACAGCACUGUGAGAGUUUCCUCCCCUGGUGCUGAAGCCUCCGUUGAUCCCAGCGGCCUCUAUGCCACCAUCAACAAACCAAACAAUAGAGAGACAAACGGAUAGUUAUCAUGUCAUUAAUCUGAUAUCAUAUGUAUAUCUUAAGAGAAGAGUUUCAUACUCUCACUUGGUACUUAUUGCUUAUUCUAUUAUUUCCAUGUUAUUUUAUAUUUUAUGUAUAUAUUUGUUAGAAUGUAUUUUCAUGUAUUCAUUCACCUUGGAGACUUUUGUGGAUAUGUAAGUCGUGUUGCAGUGAUUGAAAUCGGUCUUAGUCUCAAGACCCGUCUCAUAUCAGAUCACUUUUUGAAAGUCUCCCUAUCGUCUCUGAAUCUAAAGCAUUUUUACCCGCUCUUGUCUCGGCCUCAGACCGGGAGGACCCCAGAUUUUAAAUCAAGACUACCAAUGAUCGACAAGAAAAACUGUAACAAGAUAAACCACUGGGAUUAAUAAAGUACUUCUGAUUCUGUG